UUCAAAAUUUCCUCACAAAAAUCUGCAACAAGCUCGUUAGAGUUUUUCUUUAAAAGUCUUCAUCUCCAUUCUUCGAGAAAACUAAUUGGUUUUCUCUUUGUGUCCAUUGACGUUUGCUUCUCAAGACAUGAUAGAAAUACACAAGGCAUCCCUACGAAUAUUUCGAUUGGUAGCUUUCAAUGUUUCUACUAUUCCAUUUUUUGCUCAGAAAAUUCAAAUAUUUCAGUUUGGGAGGUUCUAAUUCUAUAUCAAGAGUCAAGACUUUGAUUAAGAACAAUGAGAGUUAGGGUUGAUGUUUGUCGGACACAACACAUCUUAUUGUUCUUUGUUUUUUUGUUGAGUUUUAUAUCUUUUGCAUUAUGCCUGGAUGGAGAUGAUUAUAGCAAGACAGGGAACCCUAAAGUUCUUGUUUCCGUUACAAACCUUAUAUAUAGUCGACUUCAGAAUCUAAAGAACGUCUUAAAGGCUGACGUUGAUCGAGAUUUAGGAUAUUGCAUCAAAAAUUUGAAGAACGAUUGGAAUGAAGCAUUUAACUUUGAUAAAAAUCUUGACUUCUUAAGCAAUUGUGUCAAAAGAACUGAUGGUGACCUCACAAUUAGACUAUGUACAGCUGCUGAGAUAAAGUUCUACUUCAAUAGUUUUGUUAGAAGAGAUGAAGCAACAACGGUUCAUGUAAGGCCUAACAUCAACUGCAAUUUAGCUAAAUGGGUUUCUGGAUGUGAGCCAGGAUGGAGUUGCAAUGCGGAUGACGAUAAAAAAUUUGAUCUCAACAAUGGAAAAGUUCUUCCCUCUAGAACUCGUAAAUGUCAACCCUGUUGUGAGGGUUUCUUUUGUCCACAAGGUCUUGCUUGCAUGAUACCGUGUCCAUUAGGCGCAUAUUGCCCGCUUGCCAAGCUUAAUAAAACAACGGGAAUUUGCGAGCCAUAUAAUUACCAGAUUCCUCCGGGAAAAGUGAACCAUACAUGUGGUUCAGCAGAUAGUUGGGUUGAUGCCGAGAGUAGUGGUGAUAUGUUUUGUUCUCCAGGUUCAUAUUGCCCAACAACCAUUCGAAAGGUCACUUGUAGUAGUGGGCAUUACUGCAGGCAAGGUUCUACUUCACAAAAACCAUGUUUCAAGCUCGCAACAUGUAAUCCGAAUACCGCAAACCAAAAUAUUCAUGCCUAUGGAGCUAUCUUAAUUGCAUCACUAAGUCUUGUGAUGAUCAUGGUUUAUAACUGUUCUGAUCAAGUUCUUGCCACUCGAGAGAAAAGGCAAGCAAAAUCAAGAGAAGCUGCAGCAAGACACGCAAAAGAAACAACACAAGCUCGAGAAAGGUGGAAAACUGCAAAAGAUGUUGCCAAGAACCAAAAGUUGGGAUUGUCUGCACAACUAUCUCAGACAUUUUCUCGCAUGAAGUCUGCUAGGAAGGAUGCCGCACCAGCUAAAGCUUCUGGAAAGUCAAAAGACAAGAAAAAAGAAGCAAGUAAUUUAACCAAGAUGAUGAAAUCAAUGGAGGAGAACUCGAGUAACAACGAAGGGUUUAACGUAGGAACUGGUAGUAAGCAUGGGAAGAAGCCACAAGCUCCAAAGGGUAAACAACUACAUACUCAAAGCCAGAUUUUUAAGUAUGCAUAUGGUCAGAUUGAGAAGGAGAAAGCUAUGGAGCAAAACAAUAAAAACUUGACAUUCUCUGGAGUCAUUUCGAUGGCCACUGACACUGAUAUGAGGACUAGACCUGUUAUAGAAGUUGCGUUUAAAGACUUAACUCUUACAUUGAAGGGUAAACAUAAGCAUAUAUUGAGAUCUGUUACGGGAAAGAUCAUGCCCGGUCGUGUCUCUGCCGUCAUGGGUCCAUCAGGAGCUGGGAAAACUACAUUUCUUUCUGCCUUGGCAGGAAAAACAACUGGAUGUACGAGGACUGGUCUUAUCCUCAUAAAUGGUAAAAAUGAAUCCAUAAACUCAUACAAGAAGAUAACUGGAUUUGUUCCACAAGAUGAUGUUGUGCAUGGGAAUCUUACCGUCGAGGAGAACCUUCGGUUUAGCGCAAGAUGCAGAUUAAGUGCUUAUAUGUCAAAAGCAGACAAAGUGUUGAUCAUUGAAAGAGUGAUUGAAAGCUUAGGACUACAACAUGUAAGAGACUCGUUGGUUGGUACGGUAGAGAAAAGAGGAAUCUCUGGAGGACAGAGGAAACGAGUGAACGUUGGUGUUGAAAUGGUCAUGGAACCUUCUCUACUGAUAUUAGAUGAACCCACUACAGGUUUAGAUAGUGCAUCAUCACAGUUACUUCUUAGAGCACUUCGACGUGAAGCACUUGAAGGAGUUAACAUAUGUAUGGUCGUGCAUCAACCCAGUUAUACGAUGUACAAAAUGUUCGAUGAUAUGAUAAUACUAGCAAAAGGUGGUCUUACCGUGUACCAUGGAUCUGUCAAAAAAAUCGAAGAAUAUUUUGCUGACAUUGGGAUCACCGUACCUGAUCGUGUCAAUCCUCCUGAUCAUUAUAUAGAUAUUCUUGAAGGCAUAGUGAAACCAGAUGGUGAUAUAACAGUAGAGCAGCUUCCUGUGAGAUGGAUGUUACACAAUGGUUACCCUGUGCCUCAUGAUAUGUUGAAGCUUUGUGAUGGACUCCCUUCAUCAUCAUCUGGAUCAGCUCAAGAUGAAUCCUCUCAUAAUUCUUUUACUCAAGAUGAAUCCUCUCAUAAUUCUUUUAGUAAUGAUCUAUGGCAAGAUGUGAAAACUAAUGUGGAGAUCACGAAAGAUCAGUUGCAACAAAAUUACUCGAACUCUCAUGACAAUUCUGAUCGAGUAACUCCUACAGUAGGUCGACAAUAUAGAUAUUUUGUUGGAAGGGUUGGCAAACAAAGACUUAGAGAAGCAAGACUACAAGCGUUAGAUUUCUUAAUAUUAUUAGUUGCAGGAGCUUGUUUAGGAACUCUUGCUAAAGUGAACGACGAGACCAUUGAUACACUUGGCUACACAUAUACGAUUAUAGCCGUCUCUCUUUUGUGUAAGAUCUCAGCGUUGAGAUCUUUCUCUGUGGAUAAAAUACAAUAUUGGAGAGAAAGUGCCGCUGGAAUCAGCAGUUUGGCACAUUUUAUGGCUAAAGACACAAUGGAUCAUUUGAACACAUUUUUGAAACCUUUAGUGUACUUGUCCAUGUUCUACUUCUUCAACAACCCGAGAUCUAGUUUCGAAGACAACUACAUUGUUCUAGUCUGCUUGGUCUACUGCGUUACGGGCAUGGCUUAUGUAUUUGCCAUAUUGUAUAGUGCUAGUGCAGCCCAACUGUUGUCCGUGUUAGUACCCGUUGUAAUGACUCUCAUCGCGAAUCAAGAUAAAGAAAGCAUGGUUCUUAAGUAUCUCGGAAGCUUUUGCUACCCCAAAUGGACUCUUGAAGCUUUUGUGCUUUCAAACGCUCAAAGGUACUCUGGAGUAUGGGUGGUGACGCGAUGCAGCUCACUGUCACAAAACGGAUAUGAUCUUAGUGAUUGGAUAUUAUGUCUCAUUGUUCUCAUUCUCAUGGGACUAAUUUGCCGAUUCAUAGCUUAUUUCUGCAUGGUUACAUUCCAGAAAAAAUAAAUCUGAAAAAAAAAAAGAAAGA